UUCCUGCCACUCCUCCGGGUGUCUCGCCCCCCUCCCCAGGCGCGGCCCCUUUAAGACAGUCUCAGCCCUCGGGCGUCGUCACGUGACCGGCCUUUGUCCGGACAUUCGGGCGACGGAAGCUACACCGGAGAAACCAAAAGCGGGCGAGAAGUAGCGCAGAAACGGGCGAGCACCCGAAAAAAAAAAAAGCGGUGUGUUCGUGCCCUUUGAAGGAUGGAUUUUUCAUCACAUCAUACUCGUCUUCUGCAGCAGUUGGAUGAGCAAAGAAAGAGAGACUUGUUUUGCGACUGUCACAUUACAGUAGGAGGGCACACAUUUAAAGCUCAUCGAAAUGUCCUGUUUGCAAACAGCGGAUACUUCAAAAUGCUACUGUCUCAAAGUUGCAAGGAUUUCAGCCAACCUACAACAGCCACUUUUGAUGUGUUUUCUGCUGACACCUUCACUGCCAUCCUGGAUUAUGUGUACUCUGGCAAAUUGCCUCUGUCUGGGCAGAAUGUCAUUGAGGUCAUGUCAGCAGCUAGUUACUUGCAAAUGACUGAUGUCAUCAGUGUAUGUAAGAUGUUUAUCAAAUCAUCACUAGACAUUAAUGAAAAAGACAGGGAUGGCUUCUUUAGCUUAUCUGACAAAGACAAUGGCAGCAAUGGCACUGGACUUUAUGCAGCAGGAUGGAGGACAGAAUACAGUCCAACGCACAUUCAUGAAGCAGCAGAGCACAGUGGCUUUAUUGCCGGAUACAAUUACCCUCCUCCUAUAACUUCACGGUUACAGCGGCCUUUUACAAAACAUUCACGAAAACCAGAGCAUGUUCGCAAGCACCGUAGACGUUUAAUGCCAGAGGCCCUAACAACUGCAUGUAUAGCAUCUGUACCACUAGGUGACCUUGUGGGUGGUACUGCUGAAUGCAUCAUCCAGGAGGAUGAGAGCACACUACAGGAAGAUGACUCGCAAACACCUGACGAUAUGUUGUGCCCUAAAGUUGAAGACGAAGAAGAAGGUGAUACAGCCCAAAGCUGGCCGGAGUCCCCACAGCUUACAGAAUCUGGGGACCAGGACGGCAUACCACGGGUUUCAAAGGCAGAUGAACUGUACAAAGCGAUGCCAACCAUCUUAGGUGUCAUGUCUGGGUGGAAUGAAGGUGAGAUGAGACUUGUGAGGUUUAAAUGUCCCUUCUGCACACAUACUGUGAAACGCAAAGCGGAUCUUAAACGUCAUCUACGUUGCCACACUGGAGAGCGUCCGUAUCCUUGUGAAGCAUGUGGGAAGAGGUUCACACGGCUGGAGCACCUGCGCAACCAUUUCCAAACUAUACACGAAGCUGGUAAGCUUAUCUGCCGACGAUGCAAGCUUCCCGUCACUGAUUUGACAGGGCGAGUAAUUCAGGAUGGGACAAGAAGAUAUCGUCUUUGUCACCCAUGUCUCUCGGAAGCUGGUCUGGAUAGUGUCAACUUUGAUUUUGGGGAUGAUCAACCACUGGUGCUCCCACCUGAGCACGAGCGGGAGCAAGCCUGGCAUUUCAAGGACGAUGUGAAAGAUGAAAAUGGCAAGGAACGUCAAGAUUCAGAUCUGGUAAUUCAAGAGGUGGAAGACAGCGAUGAGGAUGAUGUGAAAUCUCAAAUCACAUAAGUGCUGGAAGGGGGAAAGGACUUUGCUAUGCUCGGUGUACAGAAUAUUUCUGAGAGUAAGAUGGUGAUAUUUAGUAUAGUGAUUUUAUGUAUAUACACAUUUGUUUAUUUUGACAAUUGUGCACCAUCACACUUUAUUUAGCAGCCACCAUUUUGCCGCUUAGAAAGUGACAUUUCAUUAGUUGGUUCCACAUUCAUAUCACUCAUGGCU